CACACUGAACGCGUGGCUAAUCCGGCACGUGUGCUUCGAAGACGAAGAAGAAGAAGAAGCAGAUCUGGGGCAAGACAAGGACAAGGAUUUGCUCGCCUACGGUUAAGUUGCCCGCUCAGUGUGUUGGUGUUACAAAAAGCCAGAUCAUCCCACCAGCUCAGCGGCAUGAUUUCGAGCACAAGAGUCCACCGAGGCCCCGCCACGCAGACCUUGUCGCACAGCCGGGUGGUGGUGAUCGUGCGCGGCGCUUGGCGCAAGGUGAAGUACGCCUGUCUGUUGCUGCUGCUGCACGUGUACCUUGUGUUAGCCUGCCACAGUCGAGGCUGGGGAGACAAUUGGUGUACGGGUGGCAGGAUCGUUGCUGCCACGGUCUUCUUCGUGGACGCCAUGUUACUGCACAUGCUGUGCGUCGAGGGAAACAUCUUUGGCAGGAUCGUCGAUGGAAUUAAAGACCUCAAGACCCGUUUUCCAAGGCUGAAAUCUCUGCAAAAGGCGUCCUGGAUCCUAGUGGUGAUCGCGGUUGCAGCAUACGUGCUGUUCGAUAGCAGCCACAGCAUACCGCGACUGACGGCCUUUGGCGGCGUGGGCCUCUGCAUUCUGAUCGGCUACGGUUGCUCCACGAACCGCAAGGAGGUCCCGUGGCCUAGUGUGCUGGGCGCACUGAUAGCCCAAUUCCUGUGUGGCCUCUUCAUGGUGCGAUGGACUCCCGGACUCUUCCAGUGCCUAAUUAUACGUGCUGGGAACUCCGUCAACAGCUCGUUCCGCGGUAGUGCUUUCAUCUUCGGAUACCUCGACGAUGGCGACUACAAGGGACUUCCACGCCAAGCACCCAUCUUCGCCUUCCACAUCCUUCCAGUUGUGCUGUUCUUCAGCUUCCUGGUGUCUGUGCUGCACUACUGCGGCGCUGUGCAAUUCGUAGCCGUCAACAUGGGGAUUAUGCUGAGGAUGAUCACAAGCCUCUCGUCGCCUGAAUGUAUCUCUUCAUCGGCUACCAUUCUGGUAGGCCUGCCAAUGGCCGUGGCGUUCAUCAAGCCUUUCAUGAGCGAGAUGACACUCUCCGAGCUGCACUGUAUCAUGGUAGAAGGCUACUGUGGACUACCAGCUUCCAUAUUCGCCAUGAUAUUAUACGUUGGGAUGUUCACCUGA